AUUUGCUGCAGGAUUUGUUGAAAACCUUUCACUAUUUUCACUUAAAAGUCAACCAAUAUUUAUUUACUGCUAACUCUAAACGUAUAAAGUGCUAAUUUAAGCACUUAAAUCUGCAUUAUGUAAGUCAUUUACGGCACUGUGUAGCCUGAGAAGUCAAACGGAGGAUUAAAGACAACACACUUAAAGACUCCACUCCACGUCAACUUCCGCCAGAGCCAGACUGCACCGAGCUCAGCUGUCUGCACCUUGGAGUUGAGGACAAGAAGAGGAUAAACCAAUUCUCUCCGUAGUAGUUUGUUUGUGAAUUUAACUUCACUGCUCGCUGCAACCUACCAGGAUGAAUGUGGGUGUGGCACACAGCGAGGUGAACCCAAACACUCGAGUGAUGAACAGUCGAGGGAUUUGGCUGACCUAUGCGCUAGGAGUUUGUAUACUCCAUGUUGUGCUUCUGAGCAUCCCCUUCUUCAGCGUGCCCGUGGUGUGGACCCUAACCAACGUCAUACACAACUUAGGAAUGUACGUCUUCAUGCAUGCAGUGAAAGGUACCCCGUUUGAGACGCCGGACCAGGGAAAGGCCAGACUCCUCACUCACUGGGAGCAGCUCGACUAUGGCGUGCAGUUCACCUCAUCUAGAAAGUUCUUCACCAUUUCCCCAAUUAUUCUAUACUUCCUGGCAAGUUUCUACACCAAAUAUGACACAACGCACUUUGUUAUCAACACUGCCUCACUUUUGAGCGUCCUGAUCCCCAAACUGCCACAGCUGCACGGAGUGAGGAUUUUUGGCAUCAACAAGUAUUAAUUUAUUGUAAAUGCUCUGCCUCUGGGCAGUAGGAGCUAAUUCCCGGGUAGUGUGUACCAGUUCACACAGUCUGUGUGAGGGCCACCGUUUCAUACACACACACUUUCUACAUACGUACGUGUGUAUUAUAAAUAGGAGUUUAUAGAAGACAGCAUGCCAUAUGCAUUAGCUAACUUAAGUAUUUAAUUAUGUGUUUUUGACCUGCUUGGACCUGGGCUGGCCUAGGCAUCAGUGAAGCUUUUGGUUUAAUUUGUUUUCCUUCCUUUUUGCCCUCUGUUCACACAUCGGCAUAACCUCGAAGUAUUGUAGUCACACGGAUGUUCCAGUGAAAGAUGUUUACUUUCUAAAGGUAGGAGCCUGUGGCUCAAUCUUUAUUGGUACUCAUUUUCAAAUGGGUGUCAAAAAGCUAAGCUGUGUGAAGAAUAGAAUCGUAUUCUUAACGUGCGUGAUUUCCUUGAUAUGUGAAUUUAUUGGUCAUUUGUAUUUCAAUCAGAAAGACGGAGACGGGCUUGUUUCGGUGUCGUUUUUGUGGAUGUGUGUAGGAAUAGGACGUGUUGUGAGGAUAAGUGUUUACUGACAGAGGUGUUGUUUUGUGAUUCAGCUUUAUGUAGCUGCUCCCUUAAAGUGACCUUUCGCUAUAAUCAAAGCAGCCAGUUCUGCUUCGGUUUGUCACAGCUAAUAGUGUUCUUUUUUUUUUUUUUAUCCCAUUAAAUACGUUUUUGCCCUCGCAUCUUAUUCCAUCUCAUUACUGGUUUUUGGAUUAGCAAAAGCAAUUGUUUAGUUUUGGAUUUUUCUGAUUCGUUGCUCAAAUGAAAAAUGAAAAUGCAAAUCUGAGGAUUGGGACUGUCCGAGGACUGAAACGGGAUUCAAAGAAGUUUUACAAAACGCAAACAGAUGUAUGUGUGAUUUUUAGCGGAGUGGUUUAAAGCUGAAUAUCUCAUCCCAGGUGACAAAUCCUCAUUUUUAACAUGAAUCCACGG